UGGCCGCAGCCAGUUAUUGAGCGGGUGGUUGUUGCCUAUUUUGUUGUAAAUAUCAUUCGUAAACUUAAUCAUAGCAAUAUAGAAAUCACUUAAAGUUAUGAAAUAAGGUGAAGUGUAACAUAAAAACAUCAAAAUUAAAGUUCUGCAGUGAUUACUAAGCAUCGGCGAUACAUGGCACGGGGUGAUGGCCAGCACUGGGAAGAAGAUGAACUGCUGUACUCCAGCCGCGACAGCGAUGACAGUCCCAUACUAUCCUACAGGCAUGAGAAAUAUCGUCGGUACUCGUCACACGUACGCGAGGGCAAGACGGAGGAGCGAGAAAGGAGAUCGACAUUCAGUGUGCUCGCCAAGUUCUUCUUGUUCAGUACCGCAAUGAUAUUGUUCUGUGUGCUGCUCUACAUACCUGUAUAUAAUAAAGCCAAUGACCAGGUGCUUAAACCCGCGGUAGCAGGUUGGUCAAUAAAUACAAAUAGAGAUACAAAAAUAUAUGUACAACCUGAAAACGUUACAACGAUACACGAACCAAAAGAUAUUUGUCCAAAAAGUAAUAGAAAAGAAAAAAAUAAACUAUUCCUAUUAAUAUUUGUAUGUUCUUCAACGUCAAACUUCGAACAGAGAGUCGCCAUUAGGGAGACGUGGGGCAAUUAUAAAAAUUACCUCAAAAUAUCUAGAAUAUACCAUGCGGUUAAAGAAAAGUACAAAAAUUACAAUUCAAGUCUCGAUGUAGAAACAGAAAGUACUAAUGUUAGCGUUAAUUUAGAUAGGAUACAAAGGGAUAUAUCUGGUUUCGGUCAGUUAUUACCGGAAUUAGCUAAAGCUUUACAAAGAAAUAUCGCCAAAGCAACAGAACCGGCUGAGGAGAAACGUUUCGAAGACGAAAAAGAGGACGACAAAAUGUUGCCAGAAUUCGAUAUGAACAAAGUUUUAGGCGAUCAAGAUGAUGAUACUGAUUUCGAUUACGAAUAUGACACUAACAUUAUGAAAAUACCACCCAAAGGUUAUGAAGAUUCCCCAGAUUUAGGUAGAAUUAUGUCUCUAUUGAAACAUAUAAAAACUUUUCCUAAAUUUGAACCUGAAUUAGAAAAAGAAAACAAUGAUCCAGAUUUUAAAUUAGUGUUUCUACUAGGAUUACCACCGAAUGACAAUAACACAGAUGUUCAAGAGAAGAUUGAAACAGAGGUAGAAACGUACGGGGAUAUAAUUCAAGAAGGUUUUAUUGAUUCAUAUAAUAAUUUAACUUUAAAAUCUAUAAUGAUGUUAAAAUGGGUAACUAAUAACUGCAAUGAAAGUGUCCGUUACAUCUUGAAGACAGAUGACGAUAUGUACAUAAACGUUCCAAAUCUGGUUUCGAACCUGCGAUCUCGCGCUAAGACAUUCGACGACAACGCUAAAGACAACAGCAAGGAGUACCUUCUUAUAGGCGACCUCAUCUGUGGAGCGAGACCUGUACAAGAUACUAAGAGCAAGUGGUAUAGCCCGCGAUACAUGUACUCUGGGCGAGUGUACCCGCGGUACUUGUCGGGUACAGGUUACGUUCUCUCAGCCCCGGCUGCCCGCGCGCUUUACGCCGCCGCCCUCACCACCACAUACUUCCACCUCGAAGAUAUCUACAUCACUGGAAUGUGCGCACUCCGCUCCAACCCUCGUGUAGUGGCGCGCGAUGAGGCGGGCUUCUCGUACGCGCCAGUGCGAGCGCCGGCCGCCGCGUGCGCAGCGCACACACGCAUCUCCGCACACCGCGUGCCUCCACCUCGCAUGCGCGCGCUGCACCGCACUCUGCUGCAGCCUCUCGCUGUUGACAGAUGCGAAAGAAAACAAUUAGCACAGAUGAAUAAACGCGAGGGAAGACUAUAUAUUAUUUAUAACUACCUGCGUUUGCUCGUCACACAUAAUUCAUGUUGAGGAGUGAGGACUAACGGUACAAUCAUCAUCGACUAAACACAUUGUAAAUUUCAAUUCAUAAAAUAAUUAGGCCACCUGACUAACAUUAUAAAAUGUCAGUAGUACACUUACUAACAGUAUAAUACGUCAGUAGUACACUGACUAACAUUAUAAUAAGUCAGUAGUACCCUGACUAACAUAACACGUCAGUAGUAACCUGACUAACAUUAUAAAACGUCAGUAGUACACUGAAUAACAUUAUAACACGUCAGUAGUAUCCUGACUAACAUCAUAAUACGUCAAUAGUAACCUGACUAACAUAAUUGCGUUAGAAUACGGCACUAUUAACGUUAGUCCUUGCAAGCCAGAUAAAAAUAAUUUAGAUCUCAGAUUCAGCUCAGUGAAUUCGCCUUGUAUAUUUUAAGCUAUGUGUUACAUAAUUUAGUGUUAAUUUAUAAUGAAAAUAAUUACAUAUAUCACUGAUUUUAAUUGCAUAUAAACCUACAUAAAGAUACGAUUAAAUGCAUUAUUGA